AUGCGCACAGCUCCAUAUGGCUCCAAGAUGGCUGACACAGCGUCCGGGGGCUCCGGCACGAGGGGCAGCAAGCAGGCUGGCACCCCCGCAGACAAUUACCAGCUGGCGCGGCGCCGCACGCUGCAGGUGGUGGUGAGCUCGCUGCUGACCGAGGCCGGCUUCGAGAGCGCCGAGAAGGCGGCGGUGGAGACGCUCACCGAGAUGAUCCAGAGCUACAUCUCGGAGAUCGGGAGGAGCGCCAAGUCCUACUGCGAGCACACGGCCAGGACCCAGCCCACGCUCUCGGACAUCGUGGUGACCCUGGUGGAGAUGGGCUUCAACGUGGAAACCCUUCCAGCCUACGCCAAGCGUUCCCAGAGGAUGGUGAUCACUGCCCCUCCAGUGACAAACCAGCCCGUGACCCCCAAGGCCCUGACAGCCGGGCAGAACAAACCUCACCCACCCCACAUUCCUGGCCAUUUCCCAGAGUUCCCAGAUCCUCACACCUACAUCAAGACACCAACGUACCGCGAGCCGGUGUGCGAUUACCAGGUGCUGCGCGAGAAGGCGGCGUCGCAGCGCCGGGACGUGGAGAGGGCCCUCACCCGCUUCAUGGCCAAGACUGGCGAGACCCAGAGCCUCUUCAAGGACGAUGUCAGCACCUUCCCACUGAUUGCUGCCAGGCCCUUCACCGUGCCCUACCUGACGGCGCUGCUGCCCUCGGAGCUGGAGAUGCAGCAGAUGGAGGAGACGGAUUCCUCGGAGCAGGACGAGCAGGCAGACACCGAGAACCUCCCGCUGCACAUGAGCACGGACGACGCAGGGCCCGAGAAGGAGAACAGCUCCGUGCUGCAGCAGAGCAGCUCCCUGGCAGGCAGCAGGAACGGCGAGGAGAACGUCAUCGACAACCCCUACCUGAGGCCCGUCAAGAAACCCAAAAUCCGCAGGAAGAAGUGAGGGGGGGGACGUUCCCCAAAUUCCCCUGGGGGGCUCCCCCGGGGCUCAGGAGAGGCUGCCCGGCUGAGGAGGGGUCUCUGGGCCCCGCUCCCACCCUGCUCUCCCUCUGCUCACUGGCCCAGGAGAACCAGCUGGGAAUUGUCUGGGGGGGCUUUGGGCUCCGCUCUGGGGGGGUUUCAUUGCUGAGGAGCUGAGAGAGCCCGGGCUUGGAGGGGCUGGAUUUGGGUUUGGAGAACACAGGGGCUGGAUUUGGAUUUGGAGGACACAGGGGCUGGAUUUGGAUUUGGAUUUGGAGAACGCAGGGGCUGGAUUUGGAUUUGAAUUUGGAUUUGGAGAACACAGGGGCUGGAUUUGGAUUUGGAGAACGCAGGGGCUGGAUUUGGAUUUGAAUUUGGAUUUGGAUUUGGAUUUGGAGAACGCAGGGGCUGGAUUUGGAUUUGAAUUUGGAUUUGGAGGACACAGGGGUUGGAUUUGGAUUUGAAUUUGGAUUUGGAGAACACAGGGGCUGGAUUUGGAUUUGGAGGACACAGGGGCUGGAUUUGGAUUUGAAUUUGGAUUUGGAUUUGGAGAACGCAGGGGCUGGAUUUGGAUUUGGAUUUGGAUUUGGAUUUGGAUUUGGAUUUGGAUUUGGAUUUGGAUUUGGAUUUGGAGGACACAGGGGCUAGAUUUGGAUUUGGAGGACCAAGGGAUUGGAUUUGGAGCACCCAAGGGUUGGAUUUGGAGGACACAGGAGCUGGAGCUGAGGGAUCCAGGGCUUGGAGAACCCAGGGGUUGGAUUUGGAUUUAGAGGACACAGGAAUUGGAUUUGGAUUUGAAUUUGGAUUUGGAGAACCCAGGGGUUGGAUUUGGAGGACCAAGGGAUCGAAUUUGGAUUUGGAUUUGGAUUUGGAGGACCAAGGGACUGGAUUUGAAGGACACAGGGGUUGGAUUUGGAUUUAGAGGACACAGGGAUUGGAUUUGGAUUUGGAGGAUCCAGAGUUGGAUUUGGAGGACACAGGGGUUGGAUUUGGAGGACCAAGGGAUCGAAUUUGGAUUUGGAUUUGGAUUUGGAGGACCAAGGGACUGGAUUUGAAGGACACAGGGGUUGGAUUUGGAUUUAGAGGACACAGGGAUUGGAUUUGGAUUUGGAGGAUCCAGAGUUGGAUUUGGAGGACACAGGGGUUGGAUUUGGGGACCCGGGGAUUGGAAUUGGGUUUGGAUUUGGAGGACCCAGCCUUUAUUUCCCCCCUUUAUUCCCUUUAUUUCCCCCCUUUAUUCCCUUUAUUUCCUCCCUUUAUUUCCUUUAUUUCCUCCCUUUCUUUCCUCCCUUUAUUCCCUUUAUUCCCUUUAUUUCCUCCCUUUAUUUCCUUUAUUUCCUCCCUUUCUUUCCUCCCUUUAUUCCCUUUAUUCCCUUUAUUUCCCCCCUUUAUUUCCCCCCUUUAUUCCCUUUAUUUCCUCCCUUUAUUCCCUUUAUUUCUUUCCUUUAUUUCCCCCCUUUAUUCCCUUUCUUUCCUCCCUUUAUUCCCUUUAUUUCUUUCCUUUAUUUCCUCCCUUUAUUCCCUUUAUUUCCUCCUUUUCUUUCCUCCCUUUAUUUCCACACCACUGUUGUCAUUGUUUGCUGCUUCUGGAGGGUUUUGCUUUCAUUUCCCUUCAGCAUUUUCUUACAGAAAAUAAAGAAGAAAAAUCCUCUUUAUUUUAGGGUAAAAGAAAAUCAAAAAAGUUUUUCUUUGGCUUCUUUGGAAAAACCAUUUGGGUUUUCUUUAACCCAAAAUCCGGGUUCAGUUCCCAUCAGAAAAAGCUCCUGAGGUUUGGUCCAAAAUCUUCCAAAAAUUCCAACUUCGCCUCCGUGCUGUUAAAAGGAUCCCCCCCUCUUCCCCAGGACAAAAAUUUAAUUAAAAAAAGGUUUUUUUUCAAUGAUUUCCUGCCAAAAAAAAAAUCUGAAAUUAAAUCUCAGACUCCCCCCUGUGUGUGCCACUGUCACUUCUGCUGGUGCCUUGCUUGUACAGAGUGAAAAAUGUACAGAAAACCUGUAAAUGUUUGUAAAUAUCCACAAAUUUUAUCUUUUUUUUAACUUUUCUUUUUUUUUGGUUUCUGCAAGGAGAAAAAUCCCUUGCUGGGU